UUUUCGAUGAGUUCGACAAUCACGGCAAGCUUUGCUGGUUUACCUGGCCCCUCAGCUCGAGUAAAUUACGAUGAAAAUACCAAGGUUGAACAACUCUCUCUCCUGGUGGCGGAGAGUCUUGGAAUUGUCUCUGAAAACCCUUUUAUACUUGAAGACAAGGAUGGAAAUCCUAUAGAUCACAUUAGGCAACUUAACAGCUUGUCCCACGUAUACUUGGUGGUAGACAAGGAAAUUAUUCUUAUCAACCCGGACACUUCUGCUCAAAUCGUCAAGAGGAGAACUCUGUACUUGCGGCCAUUCAUUUUGUAUACCUUCAUGUCAGGAGCAACUGAACUGUUACUACUGAGCAUCUCAAUCAUCUUUUUCUCAGGCUUAUAUGACAUUCACAUCAAGUUCAUAUGGACCAUGGUGUUUUGCACUAUAGGCAUGGGGUCGACGAUGGGUUCUUUGACAAACUAUUUCAUCACUGAUCGAUAUACCGGAUCCAAGGCCGUUUGGAUGAGUGCAGUCCUUAGUUCUGUUGUACUGAGCGCCUGUAACGGACUUUGUUACGUGCUUGCAACUCAUUUCGACUACUUUGGAGCUGUGUCUCACCCUUGGUACUUCCAUUUGAGAUACCCACUUAUCUUUCUUGCUGGUUACGAGAAUGGAAAGCUGCUGUAUACAGAGGCUGGGUUCAAAAAGCUCACACGUCUAGGCAUUUGAGGCUCAAGGUUUAUUCAAAUUAGUUCAUCUUUGGUUUAACAAUAAAAAAUGAGAAUGAGUUGAGGUGUCAUGACAUCUAUUUAAAUGCCUUCUUAUGCUUGCUUUGCCA